CCAAACUAAGACACUGAUUGUGUGUGUGUGUGCGUGUGUGUGUGUGUUAAAAAUUUGGAAGGUAAUUGUUAAAAUGUUAAAGAGAAUAGGAUGAUUGUUGAUACUAUAUUGAUUCAGGAAAUCUCAGAAAUUAGAUAUGUUCUUGCUACAUUAAGUUACAACUCUCUGUGGUGUUCUGUAUUUCCCAUUUUAAGAGUAUCCUCUUAGUGAGUUUUCCGAUGCCAUAUACCUGCAUUCCAUUUUCCAGUUUUGAAGCUAAACAGUCUCUGUCAUGUAGGGUCAGACUGUGUUGCCUCCAGCUUCUCAUGAUCACCAUCAGUAGUGUGUGCUUAGAUAGAGUUGACUUCUAAAACAGGAAGAAAUGACAUUUUUGAUAUUUUUUUCCUUUUUCUUUUAAGAUUCUUGACGCUUAACUGCCCCAAAAUUCAUACCCGGUGGACAUGUGAACGUCAGAAUUUUAGGUCAAUACUGACAUGGAGAGGAGCAUGAGCAACUUAAUUCUUUCUUAAUUUUGACUUUAAAAAUCAAAUGUUACUUUGUUGUACUUAUCCCUUCUUGUUCCCCAGGUUAUUGUAGUCAAUAAGUAGGGUUACCUUGGGUCAGCCCGGUAACAGAAACAUGCAGGACUAGAAAGGCAGAGACAGGGCAGCCUGGGCUCCAGCAUGAGACCCUGCUACAUGCCUCCGCAGUCAUCUCUGUUUGGAACUAUAAGUGAAAGGUUUGUCUUUUAGAUGCGAGCGUAUGUAAGGAUGAUUAUAAGUGCUUUAUACCAUUUACAGGUUCUGUUUUCUUGGGUUCAUUAAGGUCUUUGUUGUUUCAAGAUAAUCCAUCAAAUGAUGGGAAUAUAGCAGAAUGUCAGUGUGCCAGUUAAAAUGUCUGUCUUUCCUUCAUUGUGCUUUCUCGUUUUUAAUUAGUAUAAAAGUGAUACCACCGAUGAUUUGGUGAGGGUCAAAGCAGGUUCCAAGUAGUGUUGGGGUAUAAAAGGGUUCCAAUGUCAAGCAUGAUUUUUUUAUCUAAUGAGUUUUAAUAAAAGCACUAAAUUACUAGUUGGUUUGAUUUAUUCAUCAACAUUUGUCUGUGUAAAGUCAUAAAUAAUCUUCUAACACUGUCAUGAGCUCACUUCCUUCUCCUAUUCUCUGUAUCCUCAAAGUGAGUCUUCUGUAUUUUGGUUUCUCUAUUUGCCAUCUGCUUCCAGUCCACUGAAAUUACUUCUUAAGGUCAUGCGUGUUCUCCAUAUUGCCAGACCAAAUAAAUACUCUGCCAUCUUACUGACAGUUAAUCACUUUAAUGUCCAUUGAACAUGUCUUAGUUUUCCUUCUGUAUCACUAACUAGUCCUCAGUCUCCUCUGCUUUUCUUCCUGUUUGCUUUUUUUAAAAAAAAAAAAAAAAUUACAGAGAUGGUUAUGAGGUGCCAUGUGGUUGCUGGGAACUGAACCCGGAUCCUCUCGAAGAGCAUCAGAUGCUCUUCACCUAAGCCAGCACCUUGUCUGCCUCUUGACUUCCAUAAUAAGGGUGCUCUCGAAUUAGGAUCUUAGCCGUCUUCUCCAAUUUCUAGGUGUCUUUAAAAACAACUUGCAUACCUAUUUUUAAGAUAAAAUUGGGUAUUUUAGAGAUCAUUGUGAAAGAGCAUGUGUGCUGGAAACGUUAGUUUUUCAUGGGAGAUAAGUUUGCACAAUGGUUCCAAGGUCUACCAUAACCACUUGUAUACCUCAGUCUGUGUUUUCAGAGGACAGCUGCCUGGUGAGUGACAGCUUGGGUUGAGAAACUUGCUAUGAGCUCUUACGUUACCGCACUGGACUGGUUUUGAAGCUGACGUCCAUAAGAUGCACUCAGAAGAAAGCUGUGCUUCUGUUUCACUCCUCGGGGUGAGGCAUCAGAGAGUGCUGCAGAUGCACAGGCAUGGAGGAGAAGCAGUCUGGAUGACGCAGGAGUGAUGCUGCUGGCCAGAGCUCGGAGACGUGAUUCUAUGGGAAGGGCUGUAGCUAAUCCAUCCGUGGUCUAGAUUUGAGUAUGAGCACAGUUGAAGAGGAUCCUGACACAGUAACAGUAGAGACUGUGAACUCUGUGACGUUUACUCAGGACACAGACGGGAACCUCAUUCUUCAUUGCCCUCAGAAUGACGCUGAUGAAAUAGACUCAGAAGACAGUGCCGAACCUCCGCAGAAGAGACUGUGUCUGUCCCCGGAGGAUGAGCAGAGCGUUGCCGGCUCCACGCCCUGCAUCUCGGUUGUCGCGCUCCCGCUUUCAGAAAAUGAGCAGAGCUUUGAGGUGACCAUGACAGCAACCACAGAGGUGGCAGAUGACGAACUUUCUGAGGGAACUGUGACACAGAUUCAGAUUUUACAGAACGAUCAACUAGAUGAAAUAUCUCCAUUGGGCACUGAGGAAGUUUCAGCAGUUAGCCAAGCGUGGUUUACAACUAAAGAAGAUAAGGAUUCUCUCACUAACAAAGGACAUAAAUGGAAGCAGGGAAUGUGGUCCAAGGAAGAAAUCGAUAUUUUGAUGAACAACAUCGAGCGCUAUCUGAAGGCCCGCGGAAUAAAAGAUGCCACAGAAAUCAUCUUUGAGAUGUCAAAAGACGAAAGAAAAGACUUCUACAGGACGAUAGCGUGGGGGCUGAACCGGCCUUUGUUUGCAGUUUACAGAAGAGUGCUGCGCAUGUAUGACGACAGGAACCACGUGGGAAAAUACACUCCUGAAGAAAUUGAGAAGCUCAAGGAGCUCCGGAUAAAGCACGGCAAUGACUGGGCAACCAUAGGGGCGGCCCUAGGAAGAAGUGCCUCUUCUGUCAAAGACCGCUGCCGGCUGAUGAAGGACACCUGCAACACAGGGAAAUGGACAGAAGAAGAAGAAAAGAGACUUGCGGAGGUGGUUCAUGAAUUAACAAGCACGGAGCCAGGUGACAUCGUCACACAGGGCGUGUCUUGGGCGGCUGUAGCUGAAAGAGUGGGUACCCGCUCAGAAAAGCAGUGUCGUUCUAAGUGGCUCAACUACCUGAACUGGAAACAGAGUGGGGGUACCGAAUGGACCAAGGAAGAUGAAAUAAAUCUCAUCCUACGGAUAGCAGAGCUCGAUGCAGCCGAUGAAAAUGAAAUCAACUGGGACCUGUUAGCCGAGGGGUGGAGCAGUGUCCGCUCGCCACAGUGGCUUCGCAGUAAAUGGUGGACCAUCAAAAGGCAAAUCGCAAACCAUAAAGAUGUUUCGUUUCCUGUCUUAAUAAAAGGUCUUAAACAGUUACAUGAGAACCAAAAAAACAACCCAGUGCUUUUGGAGACUAAAUCAGGAGCUGGAGUUCCAAACAGUAAUUGCAAUUCCAGUGUACAGCAUGUUCAGAUCAGAGUCGCCCGCUUGGAAGAUAAUACAGCCAUCUCUCCAAGCCCCAUGGCAGCGUUGCAGAUUCCAGUCCAGAUCACCCACGUCUCUUCAACAGACUCCCCUGCUGCUUCUGUUGACUCAGAAACAAUAACACUAAACAGUGGAACACUACAGACAUUUGAGAUUCUUCCAUCUUUCCAUUUACAGCCCACUGGUACCCCGGGCACCUACCUUCUUCAGACAAGCUCAAGUCAAGGCCUUCCCCUAACUCUGACCACAAGUCCCACAGUAACCCUGGCGGCGGCUGCUCCUGCUUCUCCUGAACAGAUCAUUGUUCAUGCUUUAUCCCCAGAACAUGUGUUGAACAGCAGUGACAAUGUCACCGUCCAGUGUCACACACCCAGAGUUAUUAUUCAGACUGUUGCUACGGAAGACUUCACUUCUCCCGUACCCCAAGCAGAGCUGACAGCUGACAGUGACCUGCGCACGGCCGAUUUCCCUGAGCCUCCAGAUGCACUAGAAGCAGACACCUUCCCUGAUGAAAUUCCUCGGCCCAAGAUGACUAUACAGCCAUCAUUUAAUACUCACGUGUCUAAAUUCAGCAACCAGAAUAGCACAGAACUGAUGAACAGUGUUAUGGUCAGAACAGAGGAAGAAAUGGCCAACACUGACCUCAAGCAGGAAGGACCGCCUUCUGACUUAGCCAGUACUUACGUUUCUGAGGAUUUAGAAUCUCCCACCAUAGUACACCAAGUUCAUCAAACAAUUGAUGAUGAAACAAUACUUAUCGUUCCUUCACCACAUGGCUUUAUCCAAGCAUCUGACGUCAUAGAUACUGAAUCUGUCUUGCCUUUGACAACACUAACAGAUCCCAUAUUUCAACAUCAUCAGGAAGAAUCAAAUAUAAUUGGAUCGUCCUUAGGCAGUCCUGUUUCUGAAGACUCGAAGGACGUUGAGGACCUGGUAAACUGUCACUAGGUUACUAGAGCCAGGUACUCAGGUGAAAGAAGCCGCGUUGCUGAUUCUCUUUUCUCCAAAGACAGGAGCAGUCCCAAGGGUUUGGUUUGCCAUUCCUGGCUUGUACGUAGCUGCUGUGCUUAAGCCAUGCACAUUGUUGCUGCUGUUACUUUUUACCUCCGUUAAGGUCUAUCAUCUGAGGUCCAAUGUGUGACAAUGUGUUAUGGAAUGUAGCAAGUUUUAAUUGCCCCGAUCUGUUCAGAUUUAUAGCAAGAGGGAGUUGCAUUCCCUGUAGCUAAUUAAAUCACCAAAGCUUACCUGCUCUGGUUUUUUACACGCAGUAACACUCAUCUCUGCAGUUAGACACUGUAUUCUGUCCAGACUCAAUUUGGCCUGGUUAUAGUUCAGGUUAUAUUAUCAACAUGAUCCAGCUUAGUUAGCAGUGACCUUCAGAAAGAUUGACUUAGGAGUUUAAGACAAGAUCAGCAUUUAUAUGAGAACAUGGGAAGUGGUGGUGAAGGUUACUCUGGUUACCCCAUUGCUGGCAGUGGGAGCUGACUGAGGCGGGAUAAAGAGGAAAGCAUUAAUUAGAGUCAGGAAAACUCACUACAGGUCUUUGGUCUUUAACUCUUAAAGGGAAUGUAGGUGACUAUAGCAAAGCAGUUAUCUCCCUCAUCAGAGACAGACAGGACUCUACAGUUAGCACUUUGAAGUCAUUCGGUGAGGGGAGGGGAUAGCGCCUGUGUUUGAGAACCAUGACUUUUUACUACAUGUUUGACUAUAUCAAUUGCCCAGAAAAUAGUUGAGGGGUAUUAGAGUUUGAUGUUCACUUAGUGCAUUACCUGUUGGGGGUACAGGAUAGCUUCUCCCUCAGGCACUUUUAACAAACAGAAUUUGCUUCUGUAUCAAAAGAGUCAUUCCUAAGGGCAACACCAAAACAAGCCUAGAGGGCUUUAAUGAUAUGAUCUUACAGAAAAGUCAAAAAAAAAAAGGAACCUUGUAUAAAUUAUUUUAUUUAUUAUUGUAAUUAGAUCUUCACAAUCAGAGUUGUCUUUUCACUAUCUGUUUUAUUAAUGUGAAACUGUAGUAAUAAGCAAAAGUUGGUUGCCUCGGGAACAAUAAUUGUAUAUUCAGUUUAACAGAAAUAAAAGAGUAUUUGUCUUAAAAUGAAA